CGGUGGAUGUCGCAGCCGCUUUUCACCGUUGUCGGUUGAAGCUCGCCCCAAAAUGGCGGCGGCGGCCGGCGGUGGGGCUGAGGCGGCGGCAGCCAGGCGGGAGGGGGCGGAGGAAGAGGAGGAGACGGCGGCGGCGGCGGCCGACGGGGCAGAGGGCAGCGGGCCGGCCGGCCGUGAGGCGGCGGCAGGCGGCGGCGGGGAGGCCGGAGGAGGCGGCGGGGAGAGCGAGGAGGAGGAGGAGGAGGAGGAGGAAGAAGAGGAAGAGGAGGACGUGUUCGAGGUGGAGAAGAUCCUCGACGUGAAGAGCGAGGGGGGUAAAAUUCUCUACAAAGUACGGUGGAAGGGAUAUACCUCUGAUGAUGAUACCUGGGAACCAGAGGUUCAUUUGGAAGAUUGCAAAGAAGUGCUGCUUGAAUUCAGAAAAAAAAUUGUGGACAAUAAGCCUAAACCUGUUAAAAAAGAUGUGCAGAAACUUUCUUUAAAUGAUGAUGUAUUUGAAGCAGAAUCUGACAGUGACCGGCAAAGUGAAACAAAAGAUGAUGUUUCACCAAAGAAGAAAAAGAAAAAGUCAAAAGAUGGAGAGGAUAGAAGUCCAGAUGACCUGAAGAAGAAAAAGUCAAAGUCUGCAAAACUCAAAGAAAAACCCAGAACAGAAUGUGAAAAUUCCUCAGAUACUGUGGUUUCAGAUUCAAAACCAAAAAAAAGGACUUCAGAAACAAAGGAAGAUUCAAAGGAUCCUAAAAAACAAAGGAAAGAUGAUACUAAAGAAAUCAAGAAAAAGAAAGGAGAAGUUAAAGAUGUAAAAGUAAAAUCGAAAGAAGAUUCUAAAGAAAAUAAAAAAUCACGUAAGGAGAAGCAAGAUGUUCAGUUUGACUCCGAAUCAAGUACUUUAGAUGAUGCACUUUCUCAAGCAACUGAUAAUGAAGCUUCAGAUUUAUAUUCCGAAAAUAAAGAGGAGAAACAAAAGGUAAAAUGUGGAAAAGAGAGAUUAGAACAAGAAAUUGCUGAAAAAGAUGGCAUUGCUGACAGGCAUCUUGAUGGAUCAGCAAGUAAUGAAGAUGAUAGUAUUGAGGUUAAGGUUAAAAGAAAGAAGAAAAAAAAUCAGAAAACUGAAGAUUAUAAAGACGAAGGUAGAAAAGUAGAAACUAAAGAUACCUAUUAUUUAGAGAAGAAGAGCAUGCACAAAAGGCAAAAAGGUCAAGAAAAAGUAAAAACUGUAGCUGCAGAGUUGGAGAAAGUGUCAGCUGCUCCUGCACCAGUGCAGAAGGCUUUGAAGUUGAGCACUGAUGAAAGAGGACGCAAGUCCAUGGAUUCAGCUGGAGAGGAGAAAGACAUAAAGAAGACGGAAAUAAAAGACAAAUCUCUAAAAAAAGAGCCUGAAAAAGAAGAAAAGAGCAGAAAAGAACAGAAGGGCCUAAAAAGCCUUAAGGACAUCAAAAGUGCAUUUGAAUUGUUUAAUGUAGCUUCAGAAGAAAAAAAUGACUAUUCUGAGAAUAACCGCAAACGAGAAGAAUCUUCGCUAGAAUAUAAAUUCAUAGAAGAAUUAAAAUCAAAAGACAGCAAGGUGUACAAGGAAAGGAGGAGCAUAAGAGAUGAAACAGAAACAUGGAAUUACAUUGCUGCAGAAGGUGAUCGAGAAGUAGUGGAUGUGUGUCAAAUGGAGGAGAACUCUGAUGGCAAGCAACAAGUCCUGAGUUUGGGUAUGGACAUGCAGUUAGAAUGGCUGACUCUAGAAGACUUCCAGAAGCAUCUCGAUGGAGAAGAUGAGAAUCAUGUCUCAACAGAACCGAUAUCCAGCACACUCCUGAGGGAUGCUGUCAAAAGUGGGGAUUAUAUGACAGUGAAGAUGGCACUUUCUUCAAGCGAGGAAUAUAAUCUGGAUCAAGAGGACUCGAGUGGAAUGACCCUAGUAAUGCUUGCUGCUGCUGGUGGGCACGAUGACCUCCUGCGGGUCCUAAUCAGGAAAGGAGCCAAAGUUAAUGGUAGACAGAAAAAUGGAACAACUGCGUUGAUACAUGCAGCUGAAAAGAAUUUUCUAACAACAGUAGCUAUUCUUCUGGAAGCUGGGGCAUAUGUGAACAUGCAGCAGAGCAGUGGUGAAACUGCUUUAAUGAAGGCCUGUAAAAGAGGGAAUUCUGAUAUAGUGCGGCUUAUGAUUGAGAGCGGAGCGGACUGUAAUAUUUUGUCAAAGCAUCAGAACAGCGCACUUCAUUUUGCUAAACAGUGUAACAACGUACUGGUGUAUGAGCAGCUCAAGAGUCAUUUGGAAACGCUCUCAAGAGUAGCAGAAGAUACCAUCAGGGACUAUUUUGAAGCUCGUCUUGCUUUACUGGAGCCAGUCUUCCCAAUUGCGUGUCAUCGUCUCUGUGAAGGGCCAGAUUUUUCUACAGACUUUAACUAUAAACCCCCACAAAACGUCCCAGAAGGAUCUGGAAUUCUUCUCUUUGUUUUCCAUGCAAAUUUCUUUGGUAAAGAAGUCAUUGCUCGGCUCUGUGGACCAUGCAGUGUACAAGCUGUGGUUUUAAAUGACAAAUUCCAGCUCCCUGUGUUUUUGGAUAGUCACUUUAUUUAUUCCUUCAGCCCUACUGCAGGCCUUAACAAGCUUUUUAUACGGUUGGCAGAAGCUCCUACUGCCAAGGUAAAGCUGCUAAUAGGAGCGUACAGAGUGCAGUUGCAGUGACCUCACAGUUGCAAACGUGUUGAGUGGACCGACACUUUUGGAAAUACUUCUGAUUCCUCUGUUCAGAGACUGACAAAGCAGUUUGGAACUUUUUGGCACCACACUCUUAGGACUAAGUUCCCAUCUCACUGUCGUUUGUUGGCAUUCAUAUAGGAAAGGAUGUGUUGGAGAGCAGCUGAGUACGCUACACUGGUCGGGACAGGGUUGUCAGCAUUUUUUUACCUUGUACAGAUGUAGAUGUAAGUAUUUGUGCCAAUACACAUAAUUCUGUUUUUCUUUAACUUACGGAGUCCAGACUGCAUAUUUCAGCUUUUCCACAAUGUGGAAUGGUGCAUAUAAGAACUAUUUAAGGUAACUAAGUAAAAUGUUUUUUAAUAGAAGGAUCUUUUCCAUUUGUAAACUACAGUUUUCUACUUACUCUAACUGUAAUGUUUCUAUGUAAAAUGCAGAAUUGUUGUAUUAGAGCCAUGGGUAGAAGUUACACUUUAAAGUUAUUGCAUUAGACUUAACCUCGAAUUGCUAGGGGCUGCGUUCUGGUUUGAAUCUCUUCCUGCUGUUGCUUCCUGAUAAGGAAGCAGGCAUGCUGAGAGGGAUUCCCUUCGAACACACAGUUAAGUCUGUUCGCAGGUAUGAAGAAAGGCAUCCGAAUGGGCUCAAUUCGCAGAGGACUGCGGUCAGAUUCCUCGUUAUGUCAGUGCUUACAAAACUAAUUUUGUAUUAGAGAAGCAACUGAUAGUUUUACAGGCAUCUUAACUUGGGAGUUUUUAGUUAAGUGAAGUGGCAUAUGGGAAAACAAAAACAAGCUGCAAACAGCAAACCAGAAAACUUGUUAACCUACCUUCAGUGUGCGGGCAGUGCUUUUUGUAGAUGAGAAGGUACAGAGGGUUUCAGAUGUUCUCAGCCUGAUGAGAACACACAUUGCCCUCUAAUUCGGAAGUUCAUUUCCUGAGUGCAAAGAGCUGCUAUCUUUUUUUUUUUAAAUGCCUCAUUUUAUCAGAUGACAGCAGUUCUGUAAUGGUUCUGUGCUAUAAUAUACAAAUGUAGUGCUUCUGCAUGAGGUACAGAGUAUUUUUCUUUGUAAAUUAAACAUCUUGAAAAGUAAAGGGGGAAAAAAAAGAAAAAAACAGAUUGUGCCUUUGCUGUUCUGGUUGCCACAAGUAGUUUACAUGCCACUAUGUGCCUAUAUUGCUAACAGAACUGUUGUGGAUAAAUUCUUUAAUGUAUUUGAGUGCUCACCAUCGGAAUGGUGCAGAUGUAUCCUUUUAAGAACUGUGACUUUGUAUUAAAAAGUUCAGUUAGCCAGGUUUUAAUUUUUGGUUCUUGAAAGUUUAAAACUUUCAUAAUGAGAGAUGCCAAAUUAUCGUAAUGAAGCACACUAUUUCAAUUUUGUGGAAUGUCACAUUAAGCUAUAUAAAACUAGAACAGCAACACGACAUACUCAUUUCUGUUUGGAUUUAAAAUAGUCUUUUUGCAAACAGUAUUGAUGAGACGUUAAGUCUGGGUUUUGAACAGACGUGUUACCUCCACCUCUCUGAAACACGUGAGAUACCUCAUUUUGCUAAGUAUCAACACCUGAGAUGCACAAAAAGCGCUGGCUGAGAAUCAGGUUUGUCCCUACCAGCACUUGGGAAUUUUGUGUAGCUGCAUUUCUUCUUACUCACUGUUAAUGAACUUUUAAGCAUAUUAUGAAAUAAUCCUGGAAAAUUAAUAAGGGUAGGGUACGUUCUUAAGUGUUUCCUUAUGGUGGCGUGAUAGUUGUCAUGUGUGUGGCUACCAUUUCCUCAGCUCUCCCUGCAUUGUACGCUUAAGAGUAUAGUGGAUGCGUGGUAAAUGCUGUACAGCACACCUCAGCGGUAAAUGUUUGAGCUGUUCAAGGACUGUGCAAAGAUGGGGACAAAGGGUUUUUGAACAAAUGUCCAUAUAAUAUUUAGAUGCUAUUUAGAACCUGUUGUACAGUCUAACCUAAAAAUGUCUAGUACUGCUCCAAGAGUUGGCAUAGCAAAUAGUUGUCAAAGGUGGUGUUGGGGGGGUGAUUUUGUGUUUGGUUUUUUUUUUUUUUCUCCCCUCCCUUGAGGUGUUUGGGAAGGAGGGAGGAGUUCUACAGGACUGGGGAAUAAAAUCUGAGUUCAUAAAGCUCUUACUGAGGGAUGGAUUUUGCAGCCAUCUCUUUUGGUUGGGGAUAUAAAGUUAAGAUCCCUAUUUAAGAUGCGUAAUAGGUGUAUGAAAAGAUGUUUAAAGCUGUUACUUGUCUGACUUUACUACGUUGUUUUUAUCCGACUGCUAAGUAAAAAGUUUUGGUGGACAAAGGAUAAAGAGAAAGUAGCUAUAAUAAUAAAAAUCACUUCUGUAGGCACUGUGCAGAAAUA